UGGAUGCGUGUUAGGUCACAUAAAAAGACAGCAAUCAAUUGUUGGUCGUUUGAAACUCAUUUACUUAUGAGACGCCCCCUAACGGGGCACCUGUUUUUCCGUUUCACUCCGUCGUGUUAGGUAAGUCACGUGACUUGACGUCAUGAACCGUAUGGCUACGAUGAGGCAUGUCUAUGGGUCCUAAGUUGUGCAAGGAUAAUUGGAUAUACCACCACUUACCGGAGUCCCAUGUAAAAUGACAAUGGGGUGGAAAUAGAACAAGCAAGCAUGAAAGACCAGCAGAAAAUACUUGACACCAGUUAGAAUUAUUAACACUAAAAUUCCAUCAAAGCAUGUGAAAAAAAGGAAAUCCGUUGAAUCAAAAUUUUUGCAUCAUCAUCAUCAUCAUGGGGAACGCUUGUCAUGGAAAACUGAAGGAGGAUCCAGACUCGGCAUGGAAACAACAAAACGAGGAAAGCGAGGAAAACCCCAUGUACAAGUACAUCACUUUGAACAACAAGGGAACUUUGAUUGCUGCAUACAAUGAGGGAGGCCCAGAACUUGUGGAAGAAAUAGCUCGCCGAGAAAUUGAACCGUACCUCUAUAACGGUGGAAAGGGUGCCAUGAUAUCUAAAUUGGAAUAUAUUAAAUGGUGCCGAAGACGUCUAGCCAAGUCUGCUGGCUAUGUAGAGCUAGAUACAAAAUCUGAUGAGAGUAUUUUGGAACAUUUUGAAGAGGACGAAUUCAAUAAGUUUGAGCCGCAUGAGGCAUGUUGGGACUUAAAUAAACGAGGUGGUGUUGGGGAAACGCCAUUUCACCUGGCUCAUCUCAUGGACAGCCCUGUGCACAGUGAAGUCUGCAAGAUUCUUGUACGGAUGUACCCGAAACUGACUUUGGAUGUGUAUGAAGGGGAGGAGUAUUUUGGUGAAAGUGCCUUGCAUAUAGCGGUGGUUCAGGGAGACUUCGAGAGGGUGAAAAUCCUCACUGAAAAUGGUGCUAAAGUCAAUCAGCGAGCCACAGGGCGGUUCUUCUUGCCUGAAGACCAGAAGAAGAGUAAGAGCAAGAAGACAAAUUUUGAUGGUUAUGCAUACUAUGGAGAGUAUCCACUGGCGUUCGCUGCCUGUGUCUGCCACCAGGACAUCUACGACUACCUCAUCGAGCACAAGGCUGAUCCAAACCUCCAGGACUCAUUUGGAAACACAGUUCUGCAUAUGGUUGUCAUAGCAGACCAGCCGACCAUGUACCGCUAUGCAGUGUGUCACCAUGAACGCCCAGCCAACACCCACAUCAAGAACAAGUAUGGCCUGACUCCCCUCACCCUUGCCAGCAAACUUGGGAGACACACCAUCUUCAAGGAAAUGCUGGAAUUGGACAGUUUGGAACUGUGGCGGUACAGCAACAUCCUGUGUUCUGCCUACCCUCUCACGUCCCUGGACUCUAUAGGCCCCAAGGGAGACACAAACUGGAACUCGGCGCUGAUGAUCAUUGUGAAUGGGGAGACGGAGGAACACCUGGACAUGCUGGAGGGAGGGGUCAUACGACAACUGCUGGACGAGAAGUGGAAGACAUUCGCCAGGAGACGGUUCAUCCUGCGACUGGUGAUAGCAAUCAUACACUUGGCGCUGAUCAGCGUGAUCAUCUAUACACGGCCGGAGGGGACCCAACUUCUGGGCUUCAGGGGGACCAUUGACAUUAUGCGGUACACAGCCGAGGUGCUGGUGUGUUUGGGGUGUUUCAGUGCUAUCAUGGUGGAUGGGAUUUCCAUCGGUUCUCAAGGAUUCAAACCUUUCAUCAGGAACUGCAUGCACGCUCCAGCACAGACGGUGAAUAUGAUGUCGUCUCUGCUAAUACUGUUGUGUAUUCCGUUCCGAAUACUGAAGCUAAACACAGUGGAGGACAUCCUCCUCAUCAUAGCAAUACCGGGAUCCUGGUUCUUCCUGCUCUUCUUUGCCAGGGGUGUCAAACUAACAGGUCCAUUCGUUACGAUGAUCUAUAAGAUGAUUAAAGGGGACCUCUUCAGAUUUGCUCUCAUCUAUCUUAUCUUUCUCGUUGGAUUCACGCAAGGUUUCUUUUUCCUGUUCCGAGAUGUGGAUACGGACAACUCAGAUGUCCAGAAGUUUUCUACUUUGGAAGACACUGUGAUGAACCUUUUCCAGAUGACCUUGGGAGAAUUCAAGUACGAGGCAUUCAACUACGCCCGCUACCCCCAGCUUACAAAGAUCGUGUUUGCAUUCUUCAUGUUUCUGGUGCCGAUCCUGCUCUUGAACAUGUUGAUAGCCAUGAUGGGCAACACCUACACUCAGGUCAUUUCAAAAUCCGAGAAGGAGUGGAGGAAACAGUGGGCGAAGAUCGUUGUUGUGUUGGAGCGAGGGUUCUCCAAGAAGCAGCUACUUAAGUUCCAACAGGAGUAUGCUGUGAAGAUUGCCGGACCUCCGACCCAAGACAACCAGAAGACAGAGGCCAGGGCUCUGGUGGUCAUCAAGGCCACCUCCAAGACGAAGGCGAAACAGAGGAAGGCGGCCAUCAGCAACUGGAAGCGUGUUGGCAAGGAGAUAGUGACACAGCUAAAGGAGGCCAGGAAACGGGGUCAGACAGUUGAUAUUAAUCUCCUUCAGAACAGAACCAGACCAACACUGACCCAGAUAGAGAGCACUUCGUUCGAGGACGAAAAGCUAUCAGCUUUAGAUCCGUUUGGGCAGACGUUCUCUUCCACUGUGGCCCAACUUGCCUGGGAACGUGACAUUGACCUUACCAAAGGUAAAACAUUUAUAUCUGACCCCGAGGUCAUGGAUAAAAUCAGUCCCCGGGGUCACGACAUGUCUCCGAUACGGGAAGCAGGUCAAACAAACAUUCCAAAUGGGCGGCCUAAACAAGUGGAGCGUAUCAUGCCCUCGGGGCCCAUUCUUGGAAGCCCUAAGAGCAGAAAACCCAUGAUGUACAGUAAUCGUGUGUUCCCUCUUAUUGCCAAGUCUGGUGAUGGGGGCAGUGGAGAUUUGUUGGAUGGUGCCUGCAUCCGAAGCAAUACUGAGAAGGUUGAGACCUUGUCGCAUAAGUCACCUACCAAGUCUGUGUUUUCAGUGAGCUCAGAGCCAUGGGACAAAGACACUGUCAGUAGUGCCAUGAGUCUAGAAACUCUGCAACAUGAGGAUGAGGAUGGUAGAGGAACUACCACCGAGGCGCCAGUGGUGACCAGGAGGAAGAAGGAGAAGCGGAAACGGAAGAAGUCAAGCUCACCCAUGAAGAGCAGUGCUACAAAUUCUCAGUCGUCCCUCACUCCAUUGUUGAAGGAUGAUAAAGGACAGCCUUCAUCGAAGGAUUCUGGUGAUAAAGAACGGCCUUCAUCAAAGGAUUCUGUUAAUAAAGAAUGGCCUUCAUCAAAGGAUUCUGUUAAUAAAGAAUGGCCUUUAUCAAAGAAUUCUGGUGAUAAAGAACGGCCUUCAUCAAAGGAUUCUGGUGAUAAAGAACAGCCUUCAUCAGAGGAUGCUAAUGCCAACUCAUCCAAUGCUUAAUUAUAUUUGUCCUCUCAGGGUAUUUUUUGUUUGAAAGCAAAUAAAUGCAUUUCACAUGACAGUUCUUAGUUACGGAGAUUAUUGUUGAAAGGGUAUUAAUUGCGUUGAUAAUAAUGUGUUGAAGCCAGUGAAUGCGAACCAGUUACAGCAUUUAUAUUACUAAUUAUUAAUGAUAUAUUAUUGGUGUUUUCCACUGUAGUCAGGAAUAAUGGGGUAAGUGGGCUAUUGUGGAAAUGAUUUGUUAUGAGAUACAAAUGGCUUGAUAUCAGAUUUUUUUGUUUUUGAAGUCAUGAUUAUUUUGUCUACAUGAUACAAAGUUAUUGUUUGUUUUCUUGUACAGGAGAUAUUUACAAGAAAAUUAUUAUCUUUGAAGUCAAUAUUUUAUUGUCACUGAUGCCGUUAUUUUUUUAUUUGUUGGAUCAUGGACCCGUUGACCCUAUUUUCUUCAAAAUGGUGCGGGAAAAUAUAAUCCACAUUUAUAAAUUGUGUGGGAAAAUAUAAUCCACAUUUAUAAAUUGUGUGGGAAAAUAUAAUCCACAUUUAUAAAUUGUGUGGGAAAAUAUAAUCCACAUUUAUAAAUUGUGUGGGAAAAUAUAAUCCACAAUUUGCACAUUUCUUCACUGACACAUGAAACAAGCAUAAUUAUUUUGUGAUUACUCAGUUUUUUUAAAAGAUUCAUCUAUUAGUCUGAUCUUAAAAAGCUCAAUUUGACAAUGUUUUUUUCAAUGAGUUGAAGUGAAGUUCCUUGUGUAACAUGUAAUAUGAACUAUGUUUUACCGGUACUCAAAUGUAAAAUUUGUCCGAUGUGAACUGUAAACAGAAGUGGGUUAAUUGUUUUACCUUCCAACAGGCAAUAUUUAUAUAAACAGUCCAUAAUCUAGCUUUAGGAAAAGAAGACUUUGUUGUCAGUUCAAUUUUUAUUCCCUCCUCCGACUUCUGUAAUCCUUGAUAACAAAUAAACAAAUAACGGCCCGAGUAGCAGAAAGGUUUUAAAAUGAAAUAUAGAGGCAUGCAAUAUUUCCGAGAGAUAUUUCGUAUCUAAUGAUUUGUAUACGGUUGUGAGAUGAGGCAUGACUGUUGUUAUGGAAAUGGACACUCCGAUAUUAUGCCAUGUAUAUAAUGUGUUGUUACGAACUGUUACGCAUGCCAUGUCGUAUGUUGUUGGACGAUCAUACCAUGUUCAACCUUGCAACAUUUUUAACUGACACUGUUCAGUAGUUCCUUUGGAUGGGCAUUUUGAAAUAUGAUGGGUAGUUCCUUCACAUAAUUUGAGCAGUGUUCAUCCACAUGAAGGCCAAAAUACGAAUUACAAUAUCCUUUUUUUGUUUUGUAUAUUUUAAUGAAAAUAUUUUGUUUUUAUUAGUCAUACAAACACUACUUUGACAUGCAAUUUUUAUGAGGUAUAGCAAUCAAGAAAAUAAUGAUGACCCUUAUGGUUGAGAAAAUGUCAGUCUGGAAAUAAGCAACUCAGAUGAUAGUUCCUUUUCAAAAAACAAAAUGGCAGUGUACUGAUUUCCAACCCAGAUGAUGGAAAAAUAAAUCUGGGGUUUGUUUUAAUAUGUAAUUUUAACUGAAACGCUAAUUCGUUAAGGGAUUAGUGUAACAUUUUAGAAUGUUUUGACAGAUGGGCAGUCAACACAAACUUAUCAGAUAUAAAUCAGGACUUAAGAAAUAUAAUAUUCCUCAUACCUCGGCAUUUUGAUUCUUUCCUCCCAACUACAUCUCUGAAACAUGUUUAAUGUUUGAAACCAAAUGUGGAAAAGUGUUAUGGUUUUUAUGGUUACCAUAGUAACUAGGCUGAAUAUUGGUAAUGUAAAUGAACUGCUGAGACAUUUUGUGUCAUAUUUUUAAUACAUGUUGUUUUACUGGAUUUAUAUUUUUCAUCAGAUUUUAUUCAUUUUAUACAGCAAUAUGAUAAUUUAUCAAAUUUCUACUUUGCAUUAUUACUUUAAAUGGGUUUUUUUCAGAUUAUUAGAUUAAUAAAAUUGCUUUUUUAUUGUUGUUUAAUCCUUCAUGUAAGAUAUACUUAGCAAAGUGUUUCCUGGUAUUUGUUUGUAUGUGCUUGUUUAUUUGUAAUUCAUGAACUCACCAACCUGUAAAAAAUUUAAAAGCAAAAACAAAGAAACUGAAAAGCAUUUUUUUGUUUUUCCUGUAAAUGCAUACUGAUAUGUUGACGCCAUAAGUAAUCAAUAAAGUUUGGUCUACCACCAUGUGGAGUGUAAUAAAGUAUAGUUUCACUCUGAACUGUAAUAGGAAGCUUGCAUCAAAGUGCUUUGAAGUUAUAAUAAUAGUUCAUGACAAAACACUUUGGGGUAGACCAAAUUUUAUUUUUUUCUAAGAUGUCAAAAAUAAGACUAAACAUGUAUUUUUAUGGAGAUAUGCCUAAAAUCAAAUCUGUUAUAAGUCCUGUGUUUUCUGACACAAAAGUUGCAACUUAUUUCCACCACAAAAUAGUAGACUGCAGUAACUUCAAGCCAUGAAAUGCAGUGUUAACACUGUCGGUUGUACGACAUGACACCGUAACCGAAGUUGCAACUGACAUGAAUUAACUGAUUGAGGCAUGAAAUGGUGUUGCGGCCGCGAGUCGAACAUGGCGGGGGGAAGAGCAAGUUGUUUGACUGCAGUAUGUUGCUGAAUGCCCUACACUGAGUAUCAGAAGGUGGGGUUACGUCCCUUUUUAAAGAUUGCUCACUCCUGUGGCAAGUGACAGACGUAAUUCAAAGUCACCAAUGCCAGCCUCCCAUUUCUAGGUUAUACUAUUUAUACCCUAUGUCACAGAUCAAUAACUGAUGUGGAUGGACCACCGUGACCGACAGGAAUGAAGAACAAUGAUACCAAGGAUUCGUAAGAUCAGCGUUUUGACAAAAUGUGUAGUUUACCACAGGAUCAAGUGCUUUUAGCUAAGAAUGUGCUUACAAUACUUUUAGCUUGAAGACUGGAUUUGUCAAUCUUAACUCUUUGAACCACAAACUAAUCUGAAAAAUCUUUCAGUUUCCCCAAUGAAAUGGCAUCUGAUGAAACGUUUGAUUGAACACAGCACUGAUCCCUCCUUUUUCAUUUGUAAAUGUUUAAGUAGGCUCCUUCAUUCAAGGGACAAAAAACAUUGCCGGAAAAUAUUUUCAGUGAACAUGUAAUCGAAACCUGCCACUUUGAGGCCACUGAUCACCUGAAUGCUCACUAAACCAUGACUAGUUUUAAAACAUGUUCUAUUUCUAAAUGUCGAGUCGUGUGUCAUGAUUGUUGAGAAGCUGGUACGCUUGCACUCUAUACUCUUUUCAACUACAUACCCUCCUACUGUUCAACCCUUCAUCACAUAAAGUAAGACGAGUUCUAUGGAUGAACAACUUCUUUAUUACAAUUGGUGCGACGUUUCGGUGUAGAUCCUAACACCUUUAUCAAGCAAGUGAUGGAUAGGGCUAAACAACAUAGGUAUAUAUACACUUAUUGACAUCUAAGUUGUUACAGUGACUAGUUGAUGGGCACAGAGAGGUGAUUAAGCUAAUUGGAAGCCA